AUGUCCUCUUCCUCCUCCUCCUCCUCGUCGUCGUACUACACGCCGACGCAAAAGCUCCUCCUCUUUCUGCAAGUCCUCACCACGUGUUCGCUCUCUUUGCUCACGCAGUUCACUCUGAAACAAAACACAUCAGAUCCUUCCAACACGAAGUUCGCGUACAACUCGUUAACGGUCCCGUUUUUCGCCGAACUUGGGAAGUUAGUUUUAAGUCUCGUCUUGUUCUACUGGACGAGAGAAGAGCGGACGAAAACGAGUGGUAUUAAAACGACGUUGGAUGUGUCGAAUUCCACCGUGUUCAUGGCCGCGGUACCGGCGAGUUUAUACGCGAUAUCGAACAAUUUAAACUUCUUCGUGAUUGCGGAUUUAGGAGCGUUUUCGUAUCAAAUGCUGAACCAGCUGAAAAUAGUCGUCACCGCGUGCGCGUUUAAAAUCAUGAUGAAGAAACAUUUAACGAAAUUGCAAUGGCGGAUGAUGAUUUUACUAACGGUUGGGUGCAUGAUAUCGCAGUUAGGCGCGAAGGAAGGCGGGAGUGGGGAGCACGUGAGAUUCGCGGACGAUCGGCACAUCUUCGCCGGCGCGGCGAUGACGAGGAGGAGAGGGGCGUCGCCGUAUUCUUCUAUGUCUUCUCUCGCGUCUUCGUCGGUGUCGUCGGUGCUCGACAACGAGGAGGAGAGGACGAAGCGACGAAUCUUACUCGCUUCAUCCUUCAGCGAUUACGGUCGAUUGACGCAAGGGUACGUGUUGGAAUCUUUCGCGAUUGUCGCGAGUUCGAUAGCCGGCGUGUGCGUGGAAAUGUUUCUCAAGAACACGCCGAACCCGUUUUACUUCCAAAACGCCUUGUUAUACGGUUGGGGGACUAUGAUUACCUUCGCGAGUUUGGUGUGGGAAACGAACGCGUUUGAAAACGGCGUCCAUUACGAGCUCUUUCGCGGGCACACGCUCGUCUCGCUCGCGUUGGUCGCAAACUCUGCGUUUGGAGGCAUCGCCACCUCGGCGGUGAUGAAAUAUUUAGACGUCAUUGCGAAGACGUUCGCGACGACGGUUUCUUUAUUCAUAGUCGCGUUUGUCUCCAUCGCGUACCUCGGUGAAACCGUUCGCGCGGAGUUAUUUCUAGGCGUCGUCGUUGCCGCGAUUGCUAUCGAAGGCUACUAUCACGGACCGGCGUUAAUCGACGAGGAUCCUAAUACCGUCCUCGAGAAGAAAGAACGAAAGAAAAAAGGCGCGAGAGAACUGAACAGCGAUUUUACCCUGGGCGGUUUUGGUAACGACGACGACGACGAGGUAACCGACCCCGGCGCUUUUGAAGACGCCGCGAAAAACGAGAUGAACAUAGAAGAAGACUCCAUCAUCAACUCUUCGGCGAAAGACGCUGUCGUGUGA